AUGUUCUCAAGUCUCAAUUUUGCCACUGCCGUCCUUUCCAUUCUAUCAAACGGAAUUAUCCUUGCUCUGAUCCUGGCCAAGACAUCUGCUAGUAUCCGUCAGAUCGGUCUACCAUAUAACAGAGGCGCUCAGCUGUUCGUUCUCAUCCAGAAGGAUGGUACUCUGCAGUUCAUAGCCAUUCUAAUCAUAUACAUCGUCAAUUCGGUCGGAUUGAAGUAUCCAACUGUACAAAUGCGGACGCUACCACUCUUGCUGGAAGCAGUAACUGCCACUUUGAUAUCGAGAUUUAAUCUCAACCUUCGUGCUAUUUAUACCCGAGACGUAUCGAUAUCUGGCCGCCAGACGAGUGUCAAUUUGGAGAGUAUCGACACAAGUCGUAACAUUGUCUUCGGCAGCGAAGGAGGCAAUGACAGUGAUGACGAAUAG